UUCAACGGCACAGAAGUGGAGUCCUAUUUGGGUAUUCCAUACGCGGAGCCACCGGUCGGUGACCUCCGCUUCCGAAGACCAGUGCCGGCGAAGAAGUGGACACAACCUCUGAACGCAACCAAAUGGCCGAACCCUUGCUAUCAAUCGACAUUACUUUUACAUAUGUCUCAAAACAAGAAUAUCAGCGAAGAUUGUUUAUAUCUCAACGUAUUCUCGCCUAAAUUAAGCUUAAAAAUUAAGCUUAAAAAUUGGUGCCCAGAGCUGAGGCCAGUGCUGGUGGUGUUUCCCGGCGGGGGCUUCAUUGCCGAUUCUUCCAGUAAUGUGUUUUAUAAUCCGUACGUGUUGUCCACCAGAGGCGACAUCAUUAUUGUUUCGUUAAAUUACAGGUUGGGUGCGGUGGCGAUGCUAUACUCGGGAACAGAUGAAGCGCCUGGAAAUCAACUCUUCUGGGACUCGACAUUAGCCCUAUUAUGGGUGCAGCAAAAUAUUGACAAGUUUGGCGGCGAUCCCAAUAGAGUGACAAUAUUAGGUGUGAGCGCCGGCAGCGCUAUAGUUAGUGGACUCAUAUUAUCGCCAAUGAGUAGGCAUUUGUUUCAAAACGCUGUAAUGAUGUCCGGAUCCAUAGUAAUGAACGGCGCGGUCGCACCGCCGGAGCAGUCAAUGCCAUUUUGGUUAAAACUAUCGCAACAAAUGGGUUGCGCGACCGGAAGUGACGCCACGUUUACGCCAAUGAUUAUGGAUUGUAUGCGAAAAGUGCCGAUCCAUAGGUUGACAGCAUUACCAUUCGGUCCACUCAUCCCAUCACACAAUAAGAUAGACUUCGCGCCACUCUUUGUGGUCGACGGCCUAUUCUUCCCAAAAACACCGCAUAAAAUGCUAGAAAGCGGUGAAUUCAAGAAAGACCUCAACUUAAUGAUAGGUACGGCUCAAGACGAGGGCUCUAUGUUAUUGUUUAUGUUUGUCGAUCCGAUCACUUAUAGUAUGAUCGCUCCCAAGAGCUUCACUUUUAAAGAGGCUUAUCAUACGUUAAGUACAAUGGCUUCGGGUCUGAGACUAACGAAACCAAUUAAUGGCGAAGACGUUUCCCGAUUGUAUUUCACGGGUCUCUCCAAUCACACCAAUGAAAACAUUUUGCUUCAAACAAUUGCUAUCGCUUUUGGCGAUUAUAUCAUCACUUGUCCGACCCUUCAGUUCGCGAAGAAUGCGUUUAUGAAGAAUAACGUGAAAGUAUAUCAAUACCACUAUAACAUUAAAGUAGGAAAACCUAUCAUAUGUUUAGGCAAAUGGAUGGGUGUUUGUCACACAAGCGAUAUGUUGCCAGCCUUUGAAAUCAACGCAAAGAGUGUUAGCGUUUCGAUAGAGAACGGAGUAAUCAAUGGAUUCACACAAGUAUUCAACGGCACAGAAGUGGACACAUAUUUGGGUAUUCCAUACGCGGAGCCACCGGUCGGUGACCUCCGCUUCCGAAGACCAGUGCCGGCGAAGAAGUGGACCAAACCUUUGGACACAACCAAAUGGCCAAAUGCUUGCUAUCAAUCAGACGCUGAGUUAUUUAUGAUGCAAAACAAGAAUCGUAGCGAAGAUUGUCUUUAUCUCAAUGUAUUUUCACCCAAACCUAAUAAAUCGGACACAGAAUUAAAACCAGUGAUGGUAUGGAUUCACGGCGGGGCCUUCAUUAUGGGCUCGUCCAGUGAAAUACAAUACAAUCCCCUCGUAAUGUCUGCCAGAGGAGAUGUUAUCAUUGUGUCAAUUAAUUACAGAUUGUCGUCUUUGGGAAUGCUAUACUCGGGAACAGAUGACGCGCCCGGAAAUACACUCUUCUGGGACCAGACAUUAGCCCUUCAAUGGGUUAAGAAAAAUAUUGGACACUUUGGCGGAGAUCCCAAUAGUGUAACUAUAUAUGGCGAGAGCGCUGGCAGUAUGUCAGUGAGUGGACACAUACUAUCACCCAAUAGCCGGGAUUUGUUUCAAAACGCUAUAAUGAUGUCCGGAUCGAUGCUUCUCUAUGGAAGCGUUGAUACACCAGAAAAUUCACUCAAAUAUUGGUUAAAACAAUCGCAACAAAUCGGGUGUUCAGAUGAAAGUGACCACAAGUUUACACCAAAAAUAAUGGAUUGCUUGAGAAAAGUGCCGAUUGAAAAGUUGGCUGUAAUUCCCUUCAGUCCAUUUAUACCAUCGGUUGAUAAGUUAGAUGUCGUUCCUAUGUUUGUCGUCGACGGAAAGAUAUUUCCCAAAACUCCGAUUGAAAUGUUAAAAACAGGAGAUUAUAAGAAGGGUUUAAAUCUAAUGAUAGGCAACACUCAAGACGAGGGGUCUAUACUAUUGGCGGCGUUAGUCGAUCCGAUCACUUAUAACAUAACUAAUCCCAAAAACCUUACAUAUAAUGAAGCAUUUGAUGCAUUGAAGACAUUAUCUUCCGGACUAAAAGUUAGUAAACCUCUUAACGGCGAAGACGUCUCCCGAAUGUAUUUCACGGGUCUCUCCACUCAUACCCACAAAGACUUAUUGAUCCGAGAAAUUGGUAUUGCUUUCGGUGAUUAUGUUAUCACUUGUCCGACCAUUCAGUUCGCGAAAAAUGCCUUUUUAAGUGAUAAAACCGGAACUAAAGUCUUUCAAUACUACUAUAACAGCAAAUUAGGAAAACCUAAGUUAAUUUGUUUAGGGAAAUGGAUGGGUGUUUGUCAUGGAAAUGAUUUAAUACCAGCAUUUGGUUUACCAUUUCUUCAGCCAAAUGAAUACUUAGAUCGCGAGAGAGACAUAUCCUCACAAAUGAUGGACUCUUUCAUUACUUUUGCCAAAACUGGCGUUUCGAUAGAGAACGGAGUAAUCAAUGGAUUCUCACAAGUAUUCAACGGCACAGAAGUGGAGUCCUAUUUGGGUAUUCCAUACGCGAAGCCACCGGUCGGUGACCUCCGCUUCCGAAGACCAGUGCCGGCGAAGAAGUGGACCAAACCUUUGGACACAACCAAAUGGCCAAAAGCUUGCUAUCAAUCCGGUGCUGCGCUACAAAUGUUACAAAAUCCAAGCAUGAGCGAAGAUUGUCUGUAUCUCAAUGUAAUUUCACCCAAACCUAAUAAGUCGGACACUGGACUGAAGCCAGUGAUGGUAUGGAUCCACGGCGGGGGUUUCGUUGUGGGCGCCUCCACUGAAUUCUACACAAAUCCUAUGGUUUUAGUGACGAGAGGCGAUGUUAUUGUUGUGUCCAUUAAUUACAGAUUGUCGUCUUUGGGAAUGUUAUACUCGGGAACAGAUGACGCGCCCGGAAAUACACUCUUCUGGGACCAGACAUUAGCCCUUCAAUGGGUUAAGAAAAAUAUCGGUCAGUUUGGCGGAGACGCCAAUAGAGUGACUAUAUUUGGUGUAAGCGCUGGUAGUAUUUCAGUAUCUGGUCUUAUAUUAUCGCCAAUGAGUCGGGAUUUGUUUCAAAACGCUAUAAUGAUGUCCGGAUCAGCACUUCUUUAUGGAGCCGUCUCUACACCAGAAAAAUCUGUCAAAUACUGGUUAAAACAAUCGCAAAAAUUGGGAUGUUCUCAGAAAACUGACAAAACAUUUACCACCAAAAUAAUGGAUUGUAUGCGAAAAGUGCCGAUUGAGAAGUUGGCUCUAAUACCUAUCGGUCCAAUCAUCUCAUCGACCAAUAAAUUAGCAGCGGUUCCCCUCUUUGUCGUCGACGGGAAAAUAUUUACUAAAACUCCGUUUGAAAUGUUAGAAACAGGAGAUUAUAAGAAGGGUUUGAAUCUAAUGAUAGGCAACGCACAGGACGAGGGGUCUCUACUAUUGUCGAUGUUUGUCGACAACAUUACUUAUAAUAUGUUUAAUCCCAAAAUCUUUACAUAUAAUGAAGCAUUUGAUGCAUUGAAGACAAUGUCUUCGAGUAUAAGACUUAGUAAACCGGUUAACGGCGAAGACGUCUCCCGAAUGUAUUUCACGGGUCUCUCCACUCAUACACCCAAAGACUUAUUAAUCCAAGAAAUUGGUAUCGCUUUCGGAGAUUAUUUAAUGACUUGUCCGACCAUUCAGUUCGCGAAGAAUGUAUUUACAAGUGAUAAAACCGGAACUAAAGUCUAUCAAUACUAUUAUAACAGCAAAUUAGGAAUACCUAGAUAUUUAUGUUUUAGUAAAUGGAUGGGUGUCUGUCAUGCAAGUGAUGUCAUUCCAGCCUUUGGUGUGCCUUUCCUUCAGCCAAAUGUCUAUUUGGAUCGCGAGAGAGACAUAUCCUCACAAAUGAUGGACUCCUUCUUGAAUUUGGCCAAAACUGGCGUUUCGAUAGAGAACGGAGUAAUCAAUGGAUUGACACAAGUAUUCAACGGCACAGAAGUGGACACAUAUUUGGGUAUUCCAUACGCGGAACCACCGGUCGGUGACCUCCGCUUCCGAAGACCAGUGCCGGCGAAGAAGUGGACCAAACCUUUGGACACAACCAAAUGGCCAAAUGCUUGCUAUCAACCUGAUAAUGACGCGCCCGGAAAUACACUCUUCUGGGACCAGACAUUAGCCCUUCAAUGGGUUCAGACAAAUAUUGGACACUUUGGCGGAGAUUCUAAUAGAGUGACUAUAUUUGGUUUAAGCGCUGGCAGUAUGUUAGUGAGUGGUCUUAUAUUAUCGCCAAUGAGUCGAGAUUUGUUUCAAAACGCUAUAAUGAUGUCCGGAUCAGCACUUAUGUAUGGAUCCUUCGAUUCACAAGAAAAUUCAGUCAAAUAUUGGUUAAAACAAUCGCAACAAAUGGGAUGUUCAAAGGAAACUGACAAAACAUUUACCACCAAAAUAAUGGAUUGUUUGCGAAAAGUGCCGAUUGAGAAGUUGGCUCUAAUACCUGUCGGUCCAAUAGACCCGUCCACUAAUAAUGUAGAUAUCGUUCCCCUCUUUGUCGUCGACGGAAAGAUGUUUCCCAAAACUCCGAUUGAAAUGUCAGAAACAGGAGAUUAUAAGAAGGGUUUGAAUUUAAUGAUAGGCAACACUCAAGACGAGGGAUCCUUACUAUUGUCUAUGUAUAUCGAUGACAUCACUUAUAAUAUGUUUAAUCCCAAAAAUUUCACAUAUAAUGAAGCAUUUGAUACAUUGAAGACAAUGUCUUCGGGUCUCAGACUUAGUAAACCGGUUAACGGCGAAGACGUCUCCCGAAUGUAUUUCACGGGUCUCUCCACUCAUACCCACCAAGACUUAUUGAUUCAAACAAUUGGUAUCGCUUUCGGAGAUUAUGCCAUCACUUGUCCGUCUAUUCGUUUCGCAAAGAAUGCCUUUUCAAAGAACGGAGUAAUCAAUGGAUUCACACAAGUAUUCAACGGCACAGAAGUGGACACAUAUUUGGGUAUUCCAUACGCGGAGCCACCGGUCGGUGACCUCCGCUUCCGAAGACCAGUGCCGGCGAAGAAGUGGACCCAACCUCUGGACACAACCAAAUGGCCGAAUGCAUGCUAUCAACCUGAUAGUUUAUUAUUACAAACGUUUCAAAAUCCAAAUCGUAGCGAAGAUUGUCUUUAUCUCAAUGUAUUUUCACCCAAACCUAAUAAGUCGGACACUGGACUGAAGCCAGUGAUGGUAUGGAUCCACGGCGGGGGCUUUGUUUUGGGCGCCUCCACUGAAAAAAUCACAAAUCCCAUGGUUUUAGUGACGAGAGGCGAUGUUAUUGUUGUUUCCAUUAAUUACAGAUUGGCGUCUUUGGGAAUGUUAUACUCGGGAACAGAUGACGCGCCCGGGAAUACACUUUUCUGGGACCAGACAUUAGCCCUUCAAUGGGUUAAGAAAAAUAUCGGUCACUUUGGCGGAGAUCCCAAUAGAGUGACUAUAUUUGGUUUGAGCGCUGGCAGUAUGUUAGUGAGUGGUCUUAUAUUAUCGCCAAUGAGUCGAGAUUUGUUUCAAAACGCUAUAAUGAUGUCCGGAUCAGCACUAAUGAAUGGAUCCUUCGAUUCACCAGAAAAUUCAGUCAAAUAUUGGUUAAAACAAUCGCAACAAAUCGGGUGUUCAGAAGAAAGUGACCACAAGUUUACACCAAAAAUAAUGGACUGUUUGCGAAAAGUUCCGAUUGAGAAGUUGGCUUUAAUACCUGUCGGUCCAAUAGACCCGUCCGGGAAUAAUGUAGAUAUCGUUCCCCUCUUUGUCGUCGACGGAAAGAUGUUUCCCAAAACUCCGAUUGAAAUGUCAAAAACAGGAGAUUAUAAGAAGGGUUUGAAUUUAAUGAUAGGCAACACUCAAGACGAGGGAUCCUUACUAUUGUCAAUGUAUAUCGAUAACAUUACUUAUAAUAUGUUUAAUCCCAAAAACUUCACAUAUAAUGAAGCAUUUGAUACAUUGAAGACAAUGUCUUCGGGUCUCAAACUUAGUAAACCGCUUAACGGCGAUGACGUCUCCCGAAUGUAUUUUACGGGUCUCUCAACUCAUACCCACAAAGACUUAUUGAUCCAAACAAUUGGUAUCGCUUUUGGAGAUUAUGCCAUCACUUGUCCAUCCAUUCAGUUCGCGAAGAAUGCCUUUUCAAGUGAUAAAACCGGAACUAAAGUUUAUCAAUACUAUUUCAACAGUAAAUUAGGAAUACCUAGAUAUUUAUGUUUUAGUAAAUGGAUGGGUGUCUGUCAUACAAGUGAUAUGAUUCCAGCCUUUGGUGUGCCAUUCCUUCAGCCAAAGGAUUAUUUGGAUCGCGAGAGAGAUAUAUCCUCACAAAUGAUGAAUUCGUUCUUGAAUUUAGCCAAAACUGGUAAUCCUGGUGUUAUAGACGGCGCCCAAUGGCCGCAAUACUAUUCAAUGGGAGCCAAUAUAAUAGCGCCGUAUUAUGAGUACACAAAUGAACCGAAAUCUGUCACUAAUUUCAACAUUGGAUUAAAGAUCGAUGAAUGCGAUUAUCUGUGGAAUCAAUACAACCAUUGA